GCUAAGAAACUUGUGGGCAAGAUAGAGUGUCUUAUGGUCUGGUAUUUAUAGGCUUCUCUGUUUCAAAUGUGGAAGAAAAUUACUGACGUUUCUGGAAGAGUAGAAGAAAUCUAAAAAGUGGAAAUCCUAAUAUAGAGCACUGAUUUAAUCCUGCCUGGCUUUGUGAUCUAAGAGAUGAACUUUUAAGAUGCACGACACUACAAAUACAUAUGAUGAAGAUGUUGAUGAUGACAUCCCUACUCAGUAUGUCAUUCAACAAAGUUUGCAAAACAUCCACAAGAGCAAGACUGUGGCUGCACAAGAGAACAACAGCUUUAAUUUUUCUACAAGUACAAAUCACAGGAAGAUAAUCACCGCAAUUCAGACAGGCGAAGAAGAGGCUUUGCUCAAACUGAUGAGGAAUGGCUCUGCUUUUCGGGAAGCAGAUGAGCAAGGCUGCCUUCCUUUACAUGAAGCUGCAGCACAACCAAACAAGAAUAUUCUAGAAAUGACUCUGAAAGCUUCACACUCCGUUGUGUGGCAACAAAUAAAUCGGAAAGGAGAAACCCCUCUGUUUAUCGCCGUGGACAAAUGUCUUGUGGGAAAUGUACAUUUUCUGCUCCUCAAUGGCUUUAAACCUGACGUUAAGAAUGAAGAAGGAGAUUCUGCUUUAAUUAUUGCAAUUAAACAUGGCUCGUAUGAAAUUGCUUCCUUGCUGAUACAAUUUGGUGCCAAUAUUGAUCUGCAGUGUGUCAACAAGAGGACAGCUUUACAUGAGGCAGCCAGGCUAGGCUUAAAAGACAUGGUGGAGCUUCUGCUUUGCUCUAAAGCAGAUCCAGAUCCACGAAGUUCAUAUGGGCUUACCCCUCUAGCCCUGGCAGCACAGAACGGGCAUACAGAAAUUCUGGAAAUCUUAUUGCGUAAAGGUGCCAAUGUUCUUUCCCAGGCAUCUGAUUGUGCAUCCAUAUUAUUUGAAGCUGCUGGAGGAGGAAAUCCAGAUUCUGUCUCUCUCCUGCUAGAGUAUGGCGCUGAUGCCAAUGUACCGAAGCAUUCAGGUCACCUGCCUAUCCAUAGAGCUGCUUAUAAAGGACACUUCUUAGCUUUACAGCUGCUGGUUCCUGUGACACAUUACAGUGACAUCAAGGAGAGUGGGAUCAGUCCAAUUCAUUCAGCAGCAGCAGGAGGGCAUCCACAGUGCCUUGAAUUCCUUCUCAAAUCUGGCUUUGAUGCCAAUUUUAUGUUGCAUCGGAGAAUUCGCAAAGGCUAUGAUGAUGAGAGGAAGUCAGCUUUGUAUUUUACUGUCUCUAAUGGGGAUAUUAACUCAGCACAGUUGCUCCUGGAAGCUGGAGCCCUACCAAACCAAGACCCAGUCAACUGUCUUCAGGUAGCCUUGAGAAUGGGUAACUACGAGCUCAUUCAUCUCCUGCUUCGCCAUGGGGCCAAUGUGAACUACUUCUGUAGAGUUAAUACAACACAUUUCCCAUCAGCUCUGCAGUACACGUUGAAAGAUGAAGUUAUGUUAAGGAUGUUGCUGAAUUAUGGGUACAAUGUUCACCGCUGCUUUGACUGUCCUCAUGGAGACAGUGUGCACACCCAGUACGAAUUUGAAGGAUGGACCUCAACUGUUAUCAAAGACACAAUGUUCUGUGAAGUGAUAACACUAUCAUGGUUAAAGCACCUGUCUGGGAAAAUAGUGCGUGUUAUGCUAGAUUAUGUUGAUCAUAUCAGAAUCUGCUCUAAGCUUCUAUAUGUUCUUCAAGAACAAAAACUAUGGCCAGAAAUCAAUGCAAUUUUGACAAACGCCCGUUCUUUGAAACAUCUUUGCCGUCUGAGAAUCCGAAAAAGCUUAGGACGCUUACGUCUACGCUGCCCCGUCUUCUUGACAUUUUUGCCACUACCAAACCGUUUGAAAGAAUAUAUACUCUAUAAGGAAUAUGAUCUCUAUGGACAAGGAAAUCUGAAAGGAAUCUACUAAUGCAGGUGCAUACAGUUGUUUUGGAGAGUGUCCUGUAUGUAAAUACAUUCAUAUGUUAGUAUAAAUUACAUUACGUAAUUUUUAAAGAAUUCUUACAAGUUUUUAUGUACUAGAAAACAAGCAAUCUGAGUAAUAAUAAUUCUUAAUAAAGCAAAGUUUA